UUGAAUAAGUCAUUCGAUUGGCGGCGGCGUCGGAUUGGGUUUGGUGGAUUUGCAGGAUUUGUGAAAGCUUGUCUGUACCUGCAUAUAGCUUCUGGUCUUCUAGUACCAGGAGCCAAGCUGUUUCUGCAUUUGGAGGAUUUGCUUUAUGUGGUUAAAGCCAAACCCCAUGAUCACAGGAUGAUGUGUGACUCACCGAUUGUGCAAACUAAGUUGAGCGAUCAUUUGCAGGUUAAAGAUUUAACUGAGCAGUUUCCAGCCGCUACACCCCUUGCUUUGGUACUGAAACAGUUCUUGGCAGAUCGUAGUCUGGAUCAGUCUUAUUCUGGUGGCUUGAGUUCCUACUGUUUGGUUGCAACAAUCGUGCAAUCGAAGCUUUCUUUUUUUCCUCUUUCUCAUGAAAAUUGUAGUUCUCUUAUGGUCCCGACCUCUCUUGGAGUUUUCGCGCCAAAAGUUGGAGACUUGGAAGCAGAGGAGCACAUCUGGAUUUUAGGCAGCAAUGAAAAGCAUUCAUGGGUAACUCGCCUCAGGUUGCACGAUUGUCAUAACCCAAGCUUCGUUCUUUUUCUUUCUCUCACAAAAAUUGCAAUCCUCCGAUGGUAUCGACCUCCCUUGGAGUUUUCGCCCCAAAAUUGGAGGCUUGGAAGCACAUACAGUCAUCUAGAGUUUUUCUCGAAUUGCAAGGGAGUUACGACUGAGAGAUAUUGGGGGCAUAAUUGUGGUAGAUUUCAUUUAUAUGGCCGAUGAAUAUAAGAGAUUAUGCUGGAGAUUAUUCAGACGAGUCAGAGAAUGAUGAUGCUG